CGCUCGGUUGCUUGUGUUUAACAUCAUUUUGAAUCAGUGUAGUUGUUGCACUCAAGUGAACGUUGUCGCACAGCCGGGAGAGAGCUGCAGCUUUCCCCUUCUCAAAUGACUUGUGGAAACUUUCUGUGAAAAACUCCAGACUUGACCAGUGUACAAUCCACUGACAGAGGCACAGAACGAUGAGUUUCAAGUUUAAAAAAUUAACGGCUCUGGCAGUUUUCGUUCUAGCGGCAGGGUUGCUGUAUUUAUCGUGGAAUGGCGUUGAGAAGUUUCAGAUCGCUCCAGAACACGUGCAACCAGGAAAAGGACAUAAGGACCAAUUACAACUCAACCUAAAACAUGUGAAGACAGAAAGCGAAAUCCUGAAUAAUGCCAACUUUAAAGAUUCAAAUCGUCAUGCUUCAGGAAAGUUCUCAAAGUUAUUCCUGAUUGACAAACAGCAUGUCUAUGGACUUAAUGAAGCAGUCAAUGUCAAGAUAGUGUUAAAGGAUCGCAAAAAUAGACCAAAAGCUCGAGGAGGAGAUAUGCUGGCUGUGUGGAUGAAAGACAGAAGCAGAAGCGCUUCUUCCGCUGGAUAUGUUAUUGACCACGACAAUGGGACAUAUACGGGUGUUCUGCGCACCAUGUGGACUGGGCGAGCUGUGAUAUAUGUGGCAAUAUUGUCAUCCAGAGAAAGGAUGGCUUUUAUAUAUAACACAUUUAGAACCGGAUUUUUUGGAAAGCAUAUUUAUUGCUUGUUUGAUGCAGGAAACCAAACAGAGACUACUGAGGGGUAUUUGGAUGAACGGUUUCACAAAAAGGCGCCCAUUUGUAAUUUGACUGCUGAAAAUUGGGGUGUUCCGUUUUAUUGUAGCAAACCUGAAAAACUUGGAUUUGAGUGUCACCAUUGGACUAGAGUUAACACAGUUCAUUUUGUGCCAGUACCUACGGAGGUUGAUACAAGUUGGUAUAGAUCAUGUGCCUUUGAGAAAUUGCAGGAUUGGACCUAUAUACGUAUUUCGUCUGUGAAAGCUAGGGCAGUGUCUUCAUCAACUCCAUGUGGAAAGACACAGUUUCGUGACAGCUGGGUGACACCUUCCCCCGUUGGCUUCUACUACAACUCAACAUGGAGACAACGUGGGUGUUUCAACAUUAUAUCAAAAAUGACUAUAACCAAUGCUUGACCAACAGGUCACUGAGAAUGUUUGGCGACUCGACUGUCAGACAGUUUUUUACAGUCUUGUGCAAAACUCUGAAUCUUAAAAUGAGAACAGGACCCUGGUUUCUUGGACAGAAAUUAACCUCACACAAACAGUACUACUACAUGGAGGCCCAUGAAGAAAGGCACAACUAUACUGUUGCUUGGAUUCCCCAUGGUCUCCCGAUGUCCUAUUUCAAUGCCAAUAGGACUGCGAGUAGACCGGUAUUUGUCCGUUUAGAUGAAAUACCUUCAGGGUCAAGAGACAUCAUCGUCAUCAAUCUAUACGCUCAUUUCAACCUGUUUCCUGUGCACAUGUUUAGGGAUCAAAUGAAACGCACGCGGAUUUCAAUACAGAAACUAUUGAUACGAUCUCCUGAUAUUAAAAUAGCUAUUAAAGGACCCCACAAUUACAUACAUCCCGUAAGCAAUCAUACUCUUGGUGGGUUGUGGGGACCUAUAUACCAAAACAUCAUCAAACAGGAGUUUGUUACUUUGUAUGACCGGGUGUUUUAUCUCGAUGUCUGGGACAUGACAAUUGCUGUUGAGAGUUCUAAUGUUCAUCCGAAUGAACAUGUUGUGAAUACGAUGAUUCGCACAUUUCUUGGAUAUCUCUGUGUUGAAUAAAGAACUGAUACCACAGACAGAACAGUCUACCCAUGUUAUCUAUUUCUUGGAUAUCUCUGUGUCGAAUAAAGAACAUAUACCACAGACAGAACGGUCAAUCAUCCAUGUCAUCUAUUUCUUGGAUAGUUCUGUGUCGAAUAAAGAACAUAUACCACAGACAGAACAGUCUACCCAUGUCAACUAUUUCUUUGAUAGUUAUGUGUCGCAUAAAGAACAUAUACCACAGACAGAACAGUCUACCCAUGUCAACUAUUUCUUUGAUAUCUCUGUGUCGAAUAAAGAACAUAUACCACAGACA